AUGCGAGUGGGCCCAGUUUUCUUGGUUUUCUUGUCUCUCUGUUGUUUUUGUGGAUCAGAGAAUGCAGCAUCUAAUGCUGAAGAAAAGCAGUUUCAGCAGGCUGAGCCUGCCCAGCCAGCUGAGCAAGACACGUACCUCAUAGGAGAAUGCUUAAGCAACCAAUACACACACAAGUCCUGUGAGAAAGUUUUCUGUCACCCAUGGGAACGAUGUGUGGAGGGAAAAUGUCUUUGUAAGCUUCCCUACCAGUGCCCAAGGAAUGGCUCUGCAGUUUGUUCUACCAAUGGAAAGUACUUCCACACUUACUGUCAGCUAAAGAGCUACGAGUGUCAACGUCCCGAAGCAAAGUUUCUGCACAAGGGAAAAUGCAUGUCUGAAGAAACAUUUUCAGUCUCUGUGGGCCAUAGAGAUUCAAGUUUGCUUCGAGUAAAACCUUUGAAUCAAAAGAACGACAUUUUUGUGUGUGGUAAUGAGUGGACUAUGAAUGAAGCAAACGUGGCUUGUAAGCACCUUGGCUUUGAAUUAGGUGCUGAAUAUUACCAAGCCAAUUCCAGCAUCACAGAAUCUGCCUUAAAUUUGUUGCACUGUCUGCAAAUAACUUGCAGGGGCCUAGAGACAAGUCUUGCCGAAUGUCACAUAGAGAUGAAAUCAAGAGAUAGUAAUGAGGGAUUUGUUAGCCUCCAGUGCCACGAAAAUCUCAGAGCUUGUUCAGAUGGUGAGUUUCAUUGUGUCAACAAGAAGUGCAUUUCUCUGAAUAAAACCUGUGAUGGAAUCAAUGACUGUGGAGACCUAAGUGAUGAAUUAUGCUGUAGAGAGUGCAGAGACAACAGUUUCCACUGUCGGUCAAAUAUCUGUAUUCCAAAUAAGAACGUCUGUAACAAAGAAGUUGACUGCCUCACAGGAGAGGAUGAAGCUCGAGUUCUUUGUGCAGGCAAAGACAAAGGUGCUGAAAAUCACAGUAUGGAUGAAGAAAGAAAAAGGAUAAAGACGCUUCUUCCCCAAGUACAUUGCGGUCUUACAAAUCACACAUUAACUCGACGGAAAAGAAUCAUAGGUGGAGAGAUUGCAAGAAAGGGUGAAUUCCCUUGGCAAGUGGCAAUUAAAGAAGCUAGCAAUGAAGGUACAACAGUGCACUGUGGAGGGGUUUAUAUUGGUGGCUGUUGGGUUCUGACUGCUGCACACUGCGUCAGGGCAAGUCACAUUCAUCUGUACCGCGUCUGGGUUGGACUGUUGGAUACAAUAAUGUACGACAAAGAGACAGAUACUUUCAGACUAAAACAACUGAUAAUCCAUGAAAAGUAUAACACGUCAACUUACGAAAAUGACAUUGCUCUGCUAGAGCUGAAAGGUUUUGGGAAAGGAGAAUGCUCCCUGAAAUACAGCACACCUGCCUGUAUCCCCUGGUCAGAGUAUAUGUUCAAGGCUGGUGACAGAUGCAAGGUUUCUGGAUGGGGACUAGAGAAAGGUUACACCAAACAAUAUAUCCUCAAGUGGGGCAAUGUUAAUUUAUUUCAGAAUUGUUCUGAAUUGUAUCCAGGACGAUUUUUUAAACAAAUGGCAUGUGCAGGUACUUAUGACGGCUCCAUAGACAGUUGCAAAGGUGAUUCAGGAGGACCCUUGGUCUGUUUUGACGCAGAAAAUGUGGCAUACGUCUGGGGUAUUGUGAGUUGGGGUGAGAACUGCGGGGAGGCUGGUCACCCUGGCGUGUACACAAAAGUCGCCAGCUAUUAUGACUGGAUUAGCCAUCACGUGACAAGGAGUCUCAUUUCACGGUAUAAUAUCUGA